AGAGAGAGAGAGAGAGAGAGGUCCAUCCUGCUCGUCUCUCUCCCUCCACCUUCCUCUUCCUUCCUCCUCCUUCCUCCUCGUCUCCUCUCGUCCAUCCUUCCUCCUCCCUCCUCCUUCCCCCGCGUGCCACGUGCCACACCAGCACGCGCGGCACGCAAGCUCUUGUCGAUCUCUCCUCCUCCUCCUCCUCCUUCCUCCUCCUUCCUCUUCGUCUCGUGUCCUCCUGCUUCCUCCUCCUUCCUCCUCCUUCCUCCUCCUUCCUCCUCCUUCCUCCUCGUCUCCUCUCCUUCCUUCCUUCUCGUCCCCCUUCCUCCUUCCUUGUUUUUCCUCCUGCCACGUGACACAGCGCCACGCGUUUUUCUUUUGUUUUUAAAUCUUGCCUGACUUGUCGAUCUUUCUUCUUCUUCCUCCUCCUCCUCCUCCUCCUCCUCCUUCCUCCUCGUCUCCCCUCUUCCUCCUUCUUUCUUCCUCCUUCCUCCUUCCUUCCCCUUCCGCUCCCUUCCUCCUGGUCUCCCCUCGUCCUUCCUCUCACCCCAUUCCUCCUCUUUCUGCCACGUGGCACAGCAUCACGAGCUUGUUCUUCUUCUUCUCGAUCUGUCCUUCUUCCUCCUUCCUCCUCUUCCUCCUUCCUCUUCCUUCCCCCUCCUCCGUCCUCCUCCUUCCUGCACGGCAUGGCAUCGUCCGCGUGACGAGGUUGCUCAGCCCAGGCAUAGGGCCUCGCGUAGCAGCUCGAGGUAAAAUCUUUCAAUCUCGAAUCGUCGGCCCUGUGGCGUGGCGAGCUACGGAAUGCCGGGCCCGAUGACUGCCGACACUGAUAAGCGGAGCCUCGCACGGACAGGGGAACCCCAUGGUGACGCUGGACACUUGCCAAUUUCGCUCGCCUUCUCUUCGAUCUCCUGUGUUUCGUAGCCAGUCUGUUGCAGACGUUCACGGAGCGGCUUGAAUUGAGGCGCGGCGAACUAGCUCUCCUCUCUCUCUCUCUCUCUCUCUCUCUCUCUCUCUCUCUCUCUCUCUCUGUCUGUUGGCAUUGUUCGUGUUUGCGUGCGCCUCUCUCUCGCGCGCUCGCGUAGUUGUCUGUUCUCUCUCUCUCUCUCUCUCUCUCUCUCUCUCUCUCUCUCUCUGAGCCGCUGUCUUUGUGUGCUUCGUGCGCGUUCCGUUUGUGUGCCUGCAUAUUCUGUCUCCUCUGGUCCGUCUUUACCUGUGACCAAAAGUGGAAUCGCGUAUCGGGACUUGAGAAAAUGCUGCCGUCACGGAAGCGUUCGCGUUCGUACGACGAUGUGGACGGCAGAGAUGACGACAGAGGCGCGUCAGAGAGGGAGUUUGGAGACAUGCCGUUUGUGGAGGAGGCAGAGCCUGGUGCCUUCGAGCCACCGCAGAAGCUUGUGGCGUUGCACUAUAACUUGAGAGAGAAUCAGACGAAGGCGGCGAGGGAGAAUAGUCCCAUCAUCCAUCUGAAGAAGCUGAAUAACUGGGUGAAGAGUACUCUGAUUCGGCGCUAUACCUCGAGGGGAGAUGCCGUGCUUGAUCUGGCGUGCGGCAAAGGCGGCGAUCUUCUCAAAUGGGACAAAGCUCAAGUCUCCUACUACGUUGGUGUCGAUAUUGCGAUCGGCUCACUGAAAGAUUUUCAAGUUCGGUACAAUGGUCCCUCCGACCACAGUCGCCACUGGCAGCCCACCAAAUUUCCCGCCAAACUCAUUUGCGCUGAUUGCUUUGAGGUCUCUUUGGAAGAGCCGUUAAAGGACGACGCUCCCUUCGAUGUCUGCAGCUGUCAAUUCGCUUUGCAUUACUCUUUCCAGACGUGCGAGCGAGUGGAAACAGCCCUAAGGAACGUGGCGUCGAUGCUUAGGCCCGGCGGCGUGUUCAUAGGGACCAUGACCGACGCUAAUGUCAUCGUUAGGAAGCUGCGCGAAGCCACGACGACCCUGGAAUUCCAUAACAGCGUUUAUGGGGUUAGGUUCGGGGAGGCUUGGGCCGACAAGAAAUUCGCCAUGGACGAGCCGUUCGGGAUCGAGUACCAGUUCCACCUCGAGGACGCCGUGGAUUGUCCCGAGUACUUGGUCCCCAUGCAGGUGCUGCAAUGGAAGGCAGAUCAGUACGACCUCGACCUCGAAGUGAAGGAGAACUUUCACGAGUACAUUCACAAACACUGUCAAGAACCGGAGAAUGCGGAGUUGAUGAGGAAGAUGGGGGUCCUGGGAAACGACAAACAAGGGACGGUCAUCUCAGAGGACGAAUGGGAUGCCGCCUACUUGUACCUCGUGUUCGUUUUCCGGAAACGGGGGGGAAGGCCUCGGCCUCAAGACCAGCCGAGACGGGAUCGGGGCGGGUUCAGAAUUAUCAACGUUGAAGACAUAGUAACGCUGUCCUGAGAAUGGGCGUGUAGAGCCUGUAGGGGGGGGGGGGACAGGUCCGGAUCGCCAUAGAUAUAGAGGAGGGACAGGUCCGGAUCGCCAUAGAUAUAGGGGGGUCGAGGGAGGGUGGAGAGAAGAGCUUGAGAAGCAUCGACGUUGACGUUGAAAGAUAUCGCAUGUGUUAAGGGUUGUCGUGACGAAAGUGUGACCACUAUCCGUGUGUUGGCAGUGUGGGGGAGGGGCAGGUCGGGAUCGCGAUAGAUCGCGGGAGAAUGCUUGACAGGCAUGAGAAGCGGUAGCACUGCAGGGCGGGUCGGGGCGGGGCGAGAAGAGAAGAGUGUGAACCGAGCUGGAUUGCUGUUGUUUUUUAAAUUUUGAACAAAUCAAUGAAUCCAUCGAUGGCCUUGGUUGUCGGUCUGCGACUCUGAUGAAACGGGAUAACCCGUCGGUAUCGCAAUGAACAGCCGAGGCUAGA